AUGUCGGACGUUCAGAAAACAGAGGAGGUCCCUGCUGCCACCCCAGCUCCCGCUACCGAAUCAGCCAAGGACGGUUCUGCUGAUGCUGCCCCCGCUGCUGAAACGCCCGCUGAGACCCCUGCUCCUGGAACAAGCAAAGCGGCCGCUGAUGAUUCUGCCGCUGCGGAAGAUGCACCCAAGGAAGAAUCUAAUCCUGAGAUCAAACCAGCUUCUGAAGGAUUCCUUGGCUACAAGGCCCCUGGAUUAGUCAAGAGUCUCCGUUUCUCCAAGCGAUUCUGCUGGUUCAGUGACGAUGCUGUUGAGAUUAAGCAGCUCACCGCCUAUUUCCAGAACGAGAAGCUGAGCGUCGCUCAUCCUACUGCUGCAUGGGCCAGCCAGACCGGCAAGGGCCUGCUCUUCUUCGCUAAGCGUGCCGAGGACAAGGCUGCCCCUACUGGAAUCAUAAACUUAGCUGAUAUCUCAGACAUUGCCAAGGAGUCUGCCAAUGAGUUCCACUUCAAGUUGGGUGGGCACAAACAUACUUUCCAGGCAGCUAACGGUGAUGAGCGCACCUCCUGGAUCGUGGCCCUCGAGGCCAAGGCUGCUGAGGCAAAGAAUGAGAAGGAAACCAUCACGUCUAGUGAUGGCUACAAGGCUGAGCUGGAGAAGAUGACCAAACCUCCAGUCGUCGCCGCUGCUGCCCCUAAGAAGAGUCUCGAGAAGAAGGAGUCUGCUUCCAAGGAGGGUGACGAGGAAUCGAAGGAGGAAGAAAAGAAGGAAGAGAAGUCAGAGCAAAAGGAAAAGAGCCGAUCUCAGUCCCGGAAGCGGGCUAGCAUUUUCGGAAGCUUCCUGGCUAAGAAGGAUGAAGAGAAAAAGGAGGACAAGAAAGAGGAGAAAGCUGAUGCCAAGGAUAGUAAAAGUGAUGAAGCAGAGGCCGCUGCCCCUGCUGCUGAGACCCCUGCUCCCGCUGAGCCUACUACUGAGGCCCCCGCUGCCGCUGAAGAGCCCAAGGAUGAGGAGAAGAAGGAAGCAAAACCUGAGCCAACUGUCGCCUCUAAAGCCAAGCGUGCCUCCAUCUUCGGAAGUAUUUUCCAGAAAGUCAGCAACCAGGAAAAGGCUGAGAAGGACGCCCCUCCCAAGAACACUGAGACUCCUGUCUCUAGCACUGCUCCUCAACUCGGAGACCCUGUCGAUCCUUCUACUUCGGAGCCCAUAAAACCCGAGAGCGUGACUGCUGCGGGAGAAGAUUCUCAACCCGCCAAGGAGGCUGAGGAACCAGUUACGUCGCCUGCUUCCACCAAGAGUGGUUUCCUUCAGUUCAUCAAGAAAGAAAUGAAACAUGACGACAAGAAGGAGGACAAGAAGGAGGCCGCCAAGCCUGAAGAUAAGGCAGAAAAAAAAAUGGAGGAGCCUGUCGCAGAACCUUCAACAACAACAGAAAGCACCACUACCCCCCCUGCUGCCAAGGAGAAGCGUCGCACCUCUUUCUUCGGCAACCUUGGCUCCAAGAAGGAAAAGAAGUCCGAGGCUGUCACGGAUGGCGAGCAAGCUGCUGACGAGGACAAGGCCAAGUCCCCGACAUCGUCUCCCCUCCCCAAAUUUGGAGGCGUAUUCCGCCGCGCCAGCAAGGCUGCCAAGAAGGAAAAGGAGCCUGCUGCUCCUUCAGAAUCCGAGCCCAUUCCCGAGGCCGCUGAGAAGCCUGAGGAGAACAGCAAUGACUCCACAACCGAACCCGCUGCAACUGUGAACGGCGCUGAGGCAGAGGGGAAGACUGAUGCGGCUGCUCCAACAGCAUCUUCUUCUCAACCCGUCCAAGCUGCCGCAUGAAGUGCAGGCGCCAGGACGAGCUUCGUUGAGAUCGAGAAGUGGUGGGACCAGCGGUACUUGUCUAGUCCUGGCGUGUCAACUGCCUAAUUGGAUGAUCGUAGUCCCUGCCUCCCUUCCAAUGACAACCACGGCAAAGAAAGAAAAAUAACCCGGCGGGUUCCUCUCCCUCAGUUUUUCUUUUUUAACAAAAAGGAAUAUGAAAAGCAACGAACGUGAAAAAUGUCUCUAUAUGAUAGUGGGUGUGAUGUGGAAAAUGUCGUGCGCACCGCAAGUUGUAACCCUCCCCUCCGGCCAGCACCCGCCACUCUUAAGUCUCCGGUCUAUUGACAAUGUUUUAUUUAAUAAAGCUUGUUCGAUAUAUAAUUGUCGCUCAUUUCCAUCUAUUAUUAUUACUAUUAUUAGUUCUUUCUCCGGUGUGCACGCUACUGUAAUAUUUUGUUUUCUGGAAAAAAACCAUACGAAAGAAACCAAAAAAAUAUUUGCGAGGUGGACGUGAAUGAUACCCCGAUACCCAAGUCGUCUUUCUUCUCUCAGUUUUUGUCCAUGUCUUGUUUUUCGUGUGUUCAUUACGUUUUUCACAUUUUUCAAAAUCCUUUUGCUCUUUUUGAAUUGAACCCACCUCUGCCCCAUCCUCCCCAAUUGUUGUUUUGUGGUGGGUGCUUUAAUAUAUUGGUUAUCUUCGAAUUUAUAACGCAUCCAAACCUAAUAGUUAUCAUCUGUAAUUCCCAACAAUCAAUUGAUAUAUUUCAAAAUACGAGUUGUCCGUGCUGUUUU